AUGAUGAAAUUUUUUAAAAGUUUACAGUUAAGUAAAAAAAAAGCAAAUAGUGAAAAAAAAAUUUCUAGAAGGAAAAGUAAAAUGAAAUAUGAAGAUUUCAAUUUUAUUCGUACACUUGGCACCGGCUCAUUUGGAAGAGUAAUACUUGCAACAUACAAAAAUGAAGAUCUUCCUCCAGUAGCAAUUAAGAGAUUUGAGAAAUAUAAAAUAAUAAAACAGAAGCAAGUGGAUCACGUGUUUUCAGAACGAAAAAUAUUGAAUUACAUUAAUCAUCCUUUCUGUGUAAAUUUAUAUGGCUCAUUUAAAGAUGAUUCAUAUUUAUAUUUAGUAUUAGAGUUUGUAAUAGGAGGUGAAUUUUUUACUUUUCUAAGAAGAAAUAAAAGAUUUCCAAAUGAUGUUGGAUGUUUUUAUGCAGCUCAAAUUGUUUUAAUUUUUGAAUAUUUACAAAGUUUAAAUAUUGUUUAUAGAGAUUUAAAACCAGAAAAUUUGUUACUUGAUAAAGAUGGAUUUAUAAAAAUGACUGAUUUUGGUUUUGCUAAAGUUGUAGAAACACGAACAUAUACAUUAUGUGGAACACCUGAAUAUAUAGCACCAGAAAUUUUAUUAAAUAUAGGACAUGGAAAAGCAGCAGAUUGGUGGACUUUAGGAAUUUUUAUUUAUGAAAUCUUAGUUGGAUGUCCUCCUUUUUAUGCUAAUGAGCCUUUGUUAAUUUAUCAAAAAAUUUUAGAAGGAAUAAUUUAUUUCCCCAAAUUUUUAGAUAGUAAUUGUAAACAUUUAAUGAAAAAAUUAUUAUCUCAUGAUUUAACAAAAAGAUAUGGUAACUUGAAAAAAGGAGCCGAAAAUGUUAAAGAACAUCCAUGGUUUAGAAAUAUUGAUUGGAAUAAUUUGUUAAAUAAAAAUGUUGAAGUUCCAUAUAAACCAAAAUAUAAAAAUAUGUUUGAUGCAUCCAAUUUUGAAAAAGUAGAAGAAGAUUUAACUACAGCUGACAAAAUUACAAAUGAAAGUGAUCCGUUUGUUGAAUGGUAG